AUGUCCUAUACAGAUUCGGUUAUUUCGAGCAAUGGCGCUGAUUUGGUAGUGCGCCAUUGGCCAGCUCCCGACGGAGUUAAAACCAAAGCCAAAAUCGUGUAUGUCCAUGGGUUCUCUGAGCACAACGACCUGUACAGUGCGUGGUGGCCCAGAAUUGUGAGCCAUGGCUACGACGUGACAAUGUUCGAUCAGCGGGGCUUUGGCAAGACCGCGUCCUCGGUGAAGGAUUUUGGUAUUACCAGCGACGAGAACCAGUUUAAGGACUUGGACCGUGUGAUUUCUACUGUUCUCGACGGGUCUGACGUGCCAAUGAUUUUGUGGGGACACUCCAUGGGCGGUGGAAUUACCCUAAACUACAUGGUCCGCGGGACUAUGCGGGAGAAAUUCUCAGCCUAUAUGGCUAACUCGCCCUAUGUGCUGGGGAACCCCCAGGGGCCGAAUGGACAAUUUCUCGUCAAACUAAUCCCGCUUGCUAUGCUGGUUGUACCUGGGAUGCGUCAACAGGUUGAAAUUGAUCCCCGCAUCUGCACCAACGAUCCGGCUAAAGUUGAACAGUACAAACGCGAUCCGCUACGCCAUAACAUUGGCACAGUCAGAUUGUUCAGCGACAUGAAGAAGAGAGGCAAGGCCCUUGUAGACCCAGACUAUGUCAAGCGGAGUAUUGACAGGCCGGUGCUUGUAUCUCAGGGUGACAAUGACUUGCUCUGCGAUGUCAAGGGCGCUCAAGAAUAUUUCCGUCUCUUGAACAAUUCUGAUAAGACCUUGGAAAUCUAUCCUGGUAUGCCUCACGAGCUGCAACAGCUUAAAGAGCCCGAGGUAACUGAUCACCUCAACAAGGUUCUUGCUUGGCUCGAUGCACGCUUUGACAAGGCCGAUCAGUCAAUUAAGCCUGACAGCUCAACUGCCAAACCUGCAAGUAAACUUGACAAGGUGGGGGCUUAG